UGCCAUCGCGCCGAUGGAGUCGAAGCGGCGCAAGGGAUGCCGGGGCACGAGCCUCAUGGACGUGCUCAAGGCCCAUGGCAUGCGCGUCGUCGAUGGCACCAAACUCAAUAUGGUCAACAAGGCCAUCGACGUCAUCGGGCCCGUCGUGGCGUCCGUCGCGCGCACGACCACGUGCGUGUACCUGAGCCAGAACAACCUGGCGUCGCUCGCCGGCCUCGAGCAGUUUGGCCACCUCAAGAUGCUCUCGCUUGGGAGCAACGCCAUUGCGCGCUUUGACGAGCUCGCGCAUAUCUCGUCGCCGCAUCUCAAGACGCUGUACCUCGUCGGCAACCCGAUUUGCGAGUCGCCCAACUACCGUCCGCGCGUGCUGCAGCUGCUCCCGACGCUCUCGGUGCUCGACACGCUCGAUAUAUCGACUAAAGAGCGCCAGGUCUCUUCUUUUCUGAUCGCCCAGGACGCGUCGCUGCGGCAGCUUUUGGCCGAGAACCACGGCGCCAUCACACGCCUCGAGUGGCUCGUCCAGCGCAUUGCGUUGCACAAGGAGUUUUACUUGGUCGUCUAUGGCUCGUCGUCGCUGCCACCGCUCGAGUCGAUGGCCGUCAACGUCGACCUGCUCCUCCGGCUCUGGAGCCACGACGCACCGGCGGCGCACGACGCGACGACCGAGGGCCAAUUAGAGCGCAUGGUGGUCCGCGCCUACGAGAAGCUCCAGCAGUACCCGCUUCGAAAAGCUAAAUUGCUACUGCAAAAGCUCGGGCCCGCGGCCAAGGAGAAGCUGAAAUCGCUGGCGACGCCGGCCGCACCGUCGUGGGAAGAUGCGUAUGCGAGCGUCCUCGCCGUCCAGCAAAACACGAUCGCCAAGCUCCGAGGCCUCUGUGAGCGCAACCGGCGCGACCUCAUGGACGCCAUCAAGUCGCUGCUCGUGCGGGCGCCGACGCUUCGUCCCACCCGUACGGCAGACACCACGCGUGUCGUCCACUCCGACUCGGAGCGUCUUGCAGCUGCACCCUCGGCAAAGGGACAUCGCCAAGACGGGCUCGAGGACGGUAUGCUGGGCGACGACGAGUGGAAGCGAUCGCGGCGCCGGUUGCCGCCGUCCGGCGCGCGCUGCGGCGACUUUACCGACAUGACGCUGAGCGAAGCCGUCAACAAAUUUGAGUUUCGGCACCUCGACUCGAUCGCGCAGGUGAAAGCCCAGCGCCAGCUCAGCCCCACGCGGCGUCAUCGAUUGAAAAUGCCGGCCAAAGCAAGCGACCACGUCGACGACGACCAACUCGAAGACCGCGAGGCUGUGCUGCGGCUUCAGAUGCAGCUCAUGGAACAGUCGCUGCACGAGCGCGACGCACGGACGCAGAGCCAGGAGCGCGAGCGUGCGCUGGAGAUCCAACUACUCGAGUACGAGCAUCAGAUUCGGCGGCUGCGCGACAUGGCGGCGCCCAGCGAACCAUUGCAGCGACCUGCGAUCUUAUUGCCGGAAGAAACAGUUGCGGCAUCCACUCGGCCUCGCGCAGCGCCAUUCGGUAUAAAGUUGAGCCAUUUGGCCGAGGAGGCAGCGAGCGCUCGCCCAAAUGCCGUUGUGUGCGCUUCGAACGCCAGUCCUUCCUUGAUGCCAUCGGCAACGCAAGGAACCGCGAGGACAUCAUCACCCUACACGAACACGGCUUCGGCAACCGCGCCCUCUACGACCGUGAUGUCCCACGGAUGCUUAUCGCAGUUAGAACCUCCCGUCGACGAUGCAAGCGUUGAAGACUCGAACGAAUGCGAGCGCUCGCCCGAGACACCGUCCGUUCCACCGACGAGACGAGCCAAGCCUUUGGCAGACCGCAGUGGGAUUCCCAUCAACACCCGAAGCAACCUGCAUCCAUAUGCAGCGAGCCGCCUCUCAGACGACGACGACGGUCCGGAUGCUGGUCUCCGAAGGACAAGCACUGCGUCGAGCGCCCGCACGGCCCACCUACCUCCUAGUAAGGUCAGUAAGUGCAGCUACGGUCGUGCUGCGACGCCGCCACCGCCUCCAGUGGCCAUCGACCCGUGGCACCCUCGCGAGUCGGUAUAUAGAGAGAGUGAAUACGGCAGCCCCCCGGCGCCGCGGACGACAAUGUUCUUGGCCGACAUGACACCCGCACCGCGCUUGUAUCCGACGCACUACCGGCAUUCUAUCGCCCCCUCCAUCGCGUCGCCAACACACAAAACAUCGCGUCUCUGGCAGACUAAACUUCAGCGGCUGCUGCAAGGCUGGCACCAAUGGUGUCGACGUCGACAGCGCGCGGAUGCGCUCACAGCUCGCUCCGUCGCGGUCCGUGCCCAGCGCGCCUUUGCAGCGUGGCAGACGCAUGCGGCGACGCAGCGACGUGCAGCACGCUACGCGCAGCAGCACCUUUCGCGUGUCGCAGCUGCUUGCUUUGAGCGCUGGGCCAACAUUGGUCGGUUUAGCGCCAUCACAAAAUUUGCGUCGACUCGUCGCGCUAACGGUCGUGUGCGCCGUCUCUUUCAAAGCUGGCAAACGCUGGCAACUCAACGGGCAUUCGUGCGGCGCGCGCAAGCCGCGUCCCGUCUCCAGGCCGAACGGCAGUGCGUCCGGGCAUGUUUCGGCGCAUGGCGCCACGUCGCGCGGGGGCACUUUUUACAGCGUCGCCACCGCCGGUCCCUCCAGCGCAGCCGCGACCGGCUCGUGCUCUACAAGAAUUUCCACCAGUUGCACCUUUUUGCCCAAAGCCAAAGGCGCCCGCGGAUUGACAUCGAGCGCUCGUUGCUCUCCCGUCGAGCGCAACGCACGCGAGCGGUGACCUUUGGUGCGUGGCGGCAGCUGCAGCGCGCAAUCACGAUGGCCAAGAGCAUGCGGCGGCAGGCGCACUGGCGCCUCUGGCAGCGGUGCCAUGCCAAUGCACUGGCGGCGGGACAGCGGCGUUGCAAGGCCAAUCGCUUCUGCCUUCGGAAAAUCGUCGCGCACUGGGCAGCCACGAGUGCAGGCGCGCGCGAUGCAAGCCGCGGGUCGCAGAUUGCACUUCGCCAUGCGACGACACACUGUAUGAAGCGAACGUGGCGCUGCUGGGUGCUCUACAAGACAAGGCGGAGAAAAUAUGUCCUUGGGUAUCUCAAGGCAUACAAACACUAUAGCACCAAAUGGUUGCGCAAGGUGUGGCGGGUCUGGGGCGCAGAAGCUGUGCUGCACCUGCGCCACCGACGCGCGCACAAGCAGGCGCAGCUCCGCAAGGUGUUUUUCGGGCUCCGCCACGCCGUCUUUCUCGCGCGUGAGAUGCGACGCCGCGACAAGAACCUGCUCAAGCUGGAAGCGCGCAUGCAGCUGUGGACGGCCGCAAGCCUUUGGCACCGGUGGCGGCGGUGGGCAAGCCUGCAAGGCCGCACGAAACGACUGUUGGCGCUGCUUGCAUAUCAGUCGCAUGGGCGUCUACGAACGAGGUGCUGGUCGCACUGGGUUCUCCGGCACGCCAUGAUGCGCAGUGCGCAAAUGGUCGCUCUCGAAGACAUGACGCGCGACGCGCAAGACGCACAGGACGCGGCCGCCGACACUGUGAGCACGCUUCGCUCGACUAAUGAAGCACUCCAAGCACAGAUAGCGUCGCUAGAAACCAAGCUAGCGACCAAAGACGCGGCUGUCGCCGACGCGUAUACGCUGUGUGCGGAGAAGGACGCUGCGAUCGCAACUCUGCGUGGUGAGGUGGCCACCACCCAAGGGCAAGUGGAAGAGAAUGAGACACUUUUGCGACUCCAGGCACAAGCCCACGCCCGCGACCGCGCCGAGAUGGACGCGGCCGUGCAGGUCCACGUGCAAGACGUCGAGCGGCUCCAGCGCAUGCUGCUGGACGUUAAACACGAGCUCUUGGCGACCUCGACGCAGCUCGAGCGCGAAAAAGACCUGGCGCGCCGCCAAGUUGAACAGCUAGCGCAGCAAGCGCGACAUACCGCAGCACUCGAGGACCAGCUGGCGACAACUGAAGCCGCGGCGCAGUCCAAUGAGCACCUUCUCGCGACCGAGCGCGCCGAGCGGCAGGACGCGGCCGUGCGCUGCCACGAGUACGAACGGCGCCUUGCGCAGACGUGCCGCGACAUCCACACGCGCGAAGAAGAUGCCGAGCGCGAGCUCCUGCACGCGCGCGACGCCGCGUAUGCGAGUGACCAGCAGCGCGUGGCUGUCGAAGCCCGCAACGCCGAGCUGCUCAAGCUCCUCCACGAAAAGAAUGCGCACGUCGCCGCGCUCUCAUCCCAAGUCGAGAGCCUCCGCAGCAGCGAGGCGACCAAAGUGACGUCGCUUCUUCAAGACGUCCAGGCCACGAUCGCGAUGCCGCCGAUGCUGAGUCGAAGCAACCAAGAAGUUGCGCUCGAUACAGAGUUGGCGGCCCUCGACGUGCACACGAAGAGCAUUCACGAUGACAUUCGGUCGCUCCAAGACCGCUUACUGCAGCGACUGCACCAGGCACCGCUGCACCCGGCGCCACCACAUGCCACCAUGACGCCGCCCAAGCCCAAGCGGCGCGUCAAGCCCAAGACGCCGUUGGCGCCAGCGCGCAGUAGCCCCAAGCCGCCGUCAUCGGUGUCAAAGAGACUCUACUAGUGCCCAAGUUAGUCGAUAAGCGCGUCUAUAAGCGUUUCUUGUACAGAUA